AUGAAAAAACGACGAAAGCAUGGCCAGCCAGAAGAACGCGUCUCAUUCGAUGUAUCCACAAGUUGGGAUGAUUCAAAUGCUAACGAUCCUUUCUCAAACGAAAGUGUUCUUCUCAAAAGCCAUAGGAUGAAGCGUACUCUUUCCCAACCCUUUGUAGAAGAUUCGGAUCAUUCCUUGAAAGAGUGUUUUGCAACGGACUUUUCUGACAUAUUCUGUGGCAACAGCUCUGCUUCAACAGUUGAAAUCGAUACAUGUUGUUCUGAAACCAUUCCAUCCGACCUCAGGCUGGGCACAAAGUUGAGAGUUAUAACUAGAAAACCCUAUAUGUGGAUGCGAGAUACUUCAAAUUCAGGAGUGGUCCCCGUUCGUGUUACUGGUCAGCAGAGGCACGAAGGACUGCAAUUGUUCCUGAAACUUGUUGGCACGGAUGACGGAAUGCUUCGAUCAACUUUUUUUGUCCUGGAAGAAAGGCGAUCGCAGAAGUUUCUACAUGUCAUGUUCAUCAUUUACCGUCCUAUUUACGAAAGCGUUGAAUUCGAAGUUCUGCGACGUAAGACUCGUUCUAGAGCCAGGACAUCCGCGUCUUUUAAGUUCUCCACCGAUGGAGAUUCAAGGUUGGAUUUUGACUGGCAAGGUGUUACCCAAAGUCAACCGCCACCCUUUUCUAACGAACGGAAAUCCCCGGAUAAUUCAGAGGAUAAGGAAAAUACAACAAACGGGAGUGAUUCGGACAGGAGUCCAGAAAAAGCUGAUUCGUCUGGGGAUCACGAAUGGCUAGAGACUAUCGGAAUGUCACCGAGAAAAUCUGCAAAGCUUAAGCGAUAUAAAUCGCUCGGAUCUUCAUCAAAUUUAGCUGAUGUUGGUCAGUCGAAACUGGAUUUCGAAGAAGUAGCGGCGGUACUGGUUAAGAAAUCAUCCCAAGUCAUACGGCGGAAAGAAGUUGAGUAUGUGCUCGAGCUUGAUGGAGGACCAGCAAUGCCUCACUGUAUCCCUCUGAUUGUUGAACUUCUCCGUCGAACAGGGCUAUGCAAAGAUGAUGCUGCAAUUAUUCGCAUUUCCGAUCGUGCGCACUGUAAUGGGAUUAACGAGGCUGAUCUUGGACUAUGUGACUGGAAUGAGAUACGCGUCAGUGAUGAGAAAAUUGAGUGGGAUAAGCUCUAA